AUGGGUGUUGAAAUCCCCGAAUCAAUGAAAGCCCUGGUGGGCAAUCGCUCAAUUGUGACUCGCUUGUCAAAUUAUGUGUGCUCAAGCUCAUCUGGAGAUGGAGUGAAGGUCGCUACAGUGCCUGUUCCGAAGAUAGAGGAGCACGAAAUCCUCGUCCGGGUGCACUCUGUCGCCCUCAAUCCUACCGACUUCAAACAUAUCGAUAUCCUCUCCCCUCGAGGCGCAAUAAUUGGCUGUGAUUACGCGGGUACUGUCGCGAAGGUCGGACCCAAGGCCGCUGGGGAUUGGGCGGUCGGUGAUAGAGUCGCUGGAGCAACACAUGGAGGACUAUACACCGAUCGAGGAUCGUUCGCUGAGUAUCUCAAGAUCCCGGGACAUCUUGCAUGGAAGGUUCCUUCAUCGAUCAGUGAUGAAGAGGCAGCUACGUUUGGUGUGUCUGCCGUUACCGCCAUGUUGGCCUUGAAUGUUCGACUAGGCGUUCCCUGGGCAGAUGGAGGCGAGGGCAAAGGCCGAUCAACAACACCUAUUCUCAUCUAUUCCGGUGCGACUUCUGCUGGCCUCUACGCUAUCCAAUUGGCGAAGCUAGCGGGGUUGAAAGUGGUGGCCACAGCAUCCCCACAUUCUCAUGACCUGGUGAAGGAAUAUGGUGCCGAUGAUGUAUUCGAUUAUCGAUCACCCACCGCCGUCGAAGAGAUCAUUCGCGCCUAUCCUACUAUUGAUAGAGCAAUGGAUUGCUUUUCUGAGGGGGUCUCUACCGCGUUCUGCGCGGAUGUCGUUCGCAAAAACCGGGGAUGGGUAGUUACUCUACUGGACUCUGGAAAGACAGAUUUCGAUGGUGUGAAGGUCGAUUUCCUGCUUGCUUACACGGCUUUUGGGGCUGAGUUCCAAUGGCUUCCCCCCUUCGGGCCUAAAUUUGGCAUAGUUCCAUCAGAUACCGAAGCAUUGCGCAGGUUCUAUGCUUCUUUGCAGGGAAUCUCCAAAACCCUUAGGCCACCACCUCUUCGGACUAUUGAUGGAGGAUUAGAGAAUUUGAGUACGGGGCUUGAUUUGCUACGCCACGGAAAGAUUUCUGGUACCAAAUUGGUUGCGCGUUUAAUUUAA